CGGGGCUCUCCUCUCGCCGCCAACGCCGCCGUCUCUGCCAGCCGCGCGGACCAAGAGCCGGGGUCGCCGCCGCCUGCACGCCCGCGUGCCGGGGCUGCGGUGCGCCAGGAUGUCGGGCUUCCUGGAGGAGCUGCUCGGCGAGAAGCUGGUGACUGGCGGUGGCGAGGAGGUGGACGUUCACUCGCUGAGCGCCCGCGGCAUCUCGCUGCUUGGGCUUUACUUCGGCUGCAGCCUGAGCGCCCCCUGCGCGCAGCUCAGCGCCAGCUUGGCCGCUUUCUACGGCCGCCUGCGGGGGGACGCGGCGGCCGGGCCGGGGGCUGGGGCCGGGCCGGGGCCCGGGGCCGGGGCGGCCGCGGAGCCGGAGCCGCGGCGCCGCCUGGAGAUCGUCUUCGUGUCCUCAGACCAGGACCAGCGGCAGUGGCAGGACUUCGUGCGGGACAUGCCGUGGCUGGCGCUGCCCUAUAAGGAGAAGCACAGGAAGCUAAAACUUUGGAACAAAUAUCGAAUUUCCAACAUUCCAUCGCUAAUAUUCCUAGACGCCACCACCGGGAAGGUCGUGUGCAGGAAUGGGCUGCUGGUGAUCCGAGACGACCCGGAAGGUCUGGAAUUCCCGUGGGGGCCUAAACCCUUCCGGGAGGUCAUCGCAGGGCCCUUGCUGAGAAAUAACGGGCAGUCCCUGGAGAGCAGCAGCCUGGAGGGGUCCCACGUGGGGGUCUAUUUCUCCGCACACUGGUGCCCCCCUUGCCGAAGCCUCACUCGGGUCCUGGUGGAAUCCUACCGGAAGAUCAAGGAGGCAGGCCAGAAAUUCGAGAUCAUCUUUGUUAGCGCAGACAGGUCAGAGGACUCGUUCAAACAGUACUUCAGCGAGAUGCCCUGGCUCGCCGUCCCCUACACUGACGAGGCCCGGCGGUCACGCCUCAACAGGCUGUAUGGAAUCCAAGGCAUCCCCACCCUCAUCGUGCUGGACCCGCAGGGGGAGGUGAUCACGCGGCAGGGGCGGGUGGAGGUGCUGAACGACGAGGACUGCAGGGAGUUCCCCUGGCACCCCAAGCCCGUGCUGGAGCUGUCGGACUCCAACGCCGUGCAGCUCAACGAGGGCCCCUGCCUCGUCCUGUUCGUAGAUUCUGAGGAUGAUGGGGAGUCUGAGGCAGCCAAGCAGCUGAUCCAGCCAAUAGCCGAAAAGAUCAUUGCCAAGUACAAAGCCAAAGAGGAGGAGGCGCCGCUUUUGUUCUUCGUGGCAGGAGAGGAUGACAUGACUGACUCCCUGCGAGAUUACACCAACCUGCCCGAAGCUGCCCCUUUGCUCACCAUACUGGACAUGUCCGCCCGGGCCAAGUACGUGAUGGACGUGGAGGAGAUCACCCCUGCCAUUGUGGAGGCCUUUGUGAAUGACUUCCUAGCAGAAAAGCUCAAACCAGAGCCCAUCUAGGGGAGCUGCAGCCACAGGAGACAUUAUUUAAAACUCGGUCUUCUCUUCCUCCUCCUCCCCCCCUUCCUUCCCUCCGGCCAUGGACUUCUCCAGCGUGUCCUGCGUCACACAGCCCAAGUGUCCAACCUCUCUGUGGUGCCUUGUUUUCUGCAUUAACUCCUCAGCUGGCACCCUAGGGUGCGCGUCCUCUCAGCAGCAGAAGAGCCCACCAUGUUUGGAGACUCUGCUUGGGAUUCCCAGGGCUGCCGUAGCCCAGCCGGCGCUGGGGCUGCGCCUUGUCUCAGUCACCUGCUCUCUGCGAAGCACCUGCCAGGGCAUCCUGCCCAGCGAGCGUGAGGGGACCGUCCUGGCAGUUCGGUGACACGGGCGGAGCAGGAAAGGGCCGCCGCCGCGUUAGGCCUCAGCUUAGAGCUUCUGGUGAGAAAUCCUUUUCUAGGUGAUUUAGUCUGUCUCGGUCUGAGGGGGAAACUCUAGUUUGUCAGUCGAUUGUCGGGCAGGGGAUCUUAGAUCUCAAAGGAAGUUUGUGUUCUUUUCUGGUGAGAAAAAAGAAAUAGCUACAGCAACGAUUCAUGGAGUAAUUGCUUCCUUUGAUCGAGCUGCUACCACGGGAUAAGAGCUUCUCAUUCCUCCCUUAUCUCCUUCUUCCUUGAUCUUGACCUUCUCUAAGUUUCUGCCUUCUCAUAUGAACAGUCCCCUACUAGCUCAGAAUUUUGUUAAUAAAUCUUCCCCUUGGACAUCUUCCCAAGAAGAUGCAUUUGGCCAUGGAUCUUAAAGGAGCACCGCCUCUUGCCAGCACAGACCUGACUCAGCCCAGCUCCAGGCCAGGGACCGCUGGAGCCUGCUGAGAGCUGGGGCCCCCCUUUGGAUUCCUGUCAUUCCCUUUCCUUUCCAUAGCAGAACUAAGAAAGAGACAGAUUACCAGAAGCCUGACUCUUUCCUAAGAACCUGCAGAAAGAGCUGUGCCCUCAGGUGGGAGGGAGGGCAGAGGACACCUCAAUGGAGAGUAGGCCUCGGAUCCACUUUGCCUGGUAGCUCGGCUCCUUAUUUGGGCUGAACCGAGCACAAAAAGGAGAGUAAUGUCUGUGUUCUCAGGAGCUGGAAAGGAGGGCUCUGCUUGGUGGAUGUGUCCACCUCUCCCAACCAGGCAUCAGGGUCUUGAAACCAACCCCAAGCCUUACCCUUGGCUCCACACUUAGUGCUCAGCCAACCAAGACCUUUUAUUUGGAAAACCCAGCCCCCCUCCCCCCAUUUAGCUGUAACACUCUUGCUCCAGGCCAAACCGGAUUGUUAUUUGUAGGUCAGAGGUACAAAAUUAGUUGGUAAUCAGACUGUUACUUGAUGUCCCCAGAAGCCUGAAAAUGCAGUCACCUCAUAAAUAAAGCAGGCAUCACUGACGUUAUCAACCACUUGGCCUUUCCUGUCCCUAAUAACAAAAAUCUUCUUGCUUGUGGUGCUGUGCCUUUGUAGGUGGGCAGUGGGGGAUGGGACACAGGAGGUCCUCUUGAUUUUCACUGGAUACCUGGUAGCUAUGUGUCAGAAUUGUCAAAAACCCUGAGACCUACCACGGCCAUCUGUCAAAUCCUCCGGAAGUCGGGAAGCUCGUUUGGAUGAGAGCGUCAGAGGCAGGUCCCUGCUGGAGUUCUGGCUGCCCUGCCCCUGGUUGGACUCAACACUGCAGGCAGUGGACUCUCAGAUUAGACAUCUUGGUGGACACUCGUGCUCACUGCCUCUCUGUAGGGGGACAGGUGCUCUGAAGUCAGAGAAGUGCGGGUGGGGAAACACAGGACCCCUGCCUGUGUCCCCCUGUGAAGAAUGGGGCAGUAGUUGGAGACCCUCACACCACCUCUGUCUUAAGGCCAGUGUCUCCCUUGGGGGCCAGGGCGGUUCACCUUGAUCGGAAGAUAGGCAGGGUUUCUGUUUGCACCCUGUAUCGUGAUGACCUUGGAAGAAAGGAAGUCUCAUAGCAGCUACUUCUGGGGUAGAAGGAGCGAAGUCCAAUGAGAAGUCCCUGUAAGUCACUGCAACAGAAAAAUUAGUUCAUCUGUGAUCCUUCUAUGGCCCAUACAGGGUUGACUGAACUGCUUGCCACUGAUGUCAACCAGAUCCUUGACAGCAGGCUCCCCCUUUUAGGGUGGAUGUGCGGGUUAGUAAAGAUCACCGGGAAGGCUGGCUAGGAAGGUGUGUUAGGUUUAUACAAUGGCAACUUGGGGGGGAAGUGCCGGGGGAGGAACAGCCAGUGCCAGUGAAAUGUCUGUCUUGAUAGUGCUAGAGACCUUAAAGAUGAUCAAUGCAGGCGAGGUGGGUGGCUUCUUAAUUUCUACUAAGCACCUCCAAGAUACCUUAAAAUUCUUGUUGCUAAUUGGAAGCAGGCUACACCACCAGCUGCCGGGUAUUCGAGGGUUUCUGACGGCAGCGAAGGAAGCUGUGCCCUGCAGGUUGAGGCAGGAUGGUGGCUGUAAAAAUGCCACCCGGGGGCUCCAGGUCUGUGUUCACCACAAUGACUUCCAGAUUCGCUUCUACAGUUUUCACAACAGAGAUGAGAUUUUUUUUUACCUGUCCCCAACAAUAAAGAUCUACUUAAGAUAAAAGGUAUGUUCGGGACUGGUGUUAUGAUGGGAAGCUGCAAAUGCCAGAGGGCAGCUGUUAACCAGCUUCCUCUGCCUCCCCUCUGUGCGGGCCCUUGACAUUAAUGGUGCAGGGAGCCAGUACCGCUCUUCUGGCAUCAGCCAAGCUCCAAGUGGUAAUUUUCAGCCAGACUUUGUUUUUUCCUGUUGCCUAAUUAAAGACACUGAAAAGCUG